CACGAUCUGAACGAUAGAGGACCAACUGGAAGCAGCUGUGGCCUUUACGUAAUAACGUGUGGCGCUAAGCACAUUUCUUCUUCACGUUCAUAUUCUUCGAAGCUUCAUCCAUCUGUUUCGUAAUCGUGUAAAAGUUACUGACCAGGGAAGCGACUAUGUCGACAAAUCCAUCGGGGAAUCAACCGCCAUACCCUAAUCAGCAACCAACGAGUCAAUAUCCCCCUGCCAUGUUCAACUAUGGCUCUUCUGCCGUUGGCUACCCUCCGCCUUCUAACCAAGCUGCUUAUCCCCCGCCGGUUGAAACAGUGCCUUACAAUGCACCUUACCCCGCUACAGCUCCUCCACCGUCUUAUGAAUCGGCUGUCGGUGGUGGAAAAUCAGAGAAAACGCCCGGGAAUUCCUCGUAUCAAUCGCAACCAUUUCCAGCAGCUCCAAUGACAACCUACCCGACUUACCCUUCAUCGUACCCUGACGUAGAAUAUGGGCAAACAGAUGCAUCGCACUUCUCUGAGAUCAUCAGUUUUAAUGACAAAUCCAUAAGGCUUGGAUUUAUCAGACGGGUUUUUGCUGUGCUUAUGCUGCAACUAGCAACAACUGUUGGAGCAAUUUGUUUGUUCAUAUUCAAUAACAAUGUUAGAGAUUUUGCACAAAAUAAUUGGGCCAUGUAUACUUCUGCAUAUGUGGUGUUCUUUGUGUUGUAUUUUGUCUUGGUCUGUUGUGAGGGAGUGAGGAGGAGCUAUCCAGCCAAUGUUAUUAUGCUUUCUCUCUUUACAUUAUCUUUGUCUUACCUCGUCGCAGUGAUUUCCAGCUUCCAUGAGACCAACAUUGUGUUAAUCAUGAUGGGAGUGACCACUCUGGUCUGUGCUUCUGUUAUGAUCUUUGCCUGUCAGACCAAGUAUGACUUCACCACAUGGGGUGGAGUGCUUUUCUGUGCAGCUCUGGCCAUUUUCUUUCUCAGUAUCUUCACUCCCCUUUGGUUGGCACUUUCAACAACGGCUGGAAAGAUUGUCAUUGGUGGCUUAUUGGCACUGGUCUUUGUUGCAUUCCUUGCCUAUGACGUGCAACUGGUGAUGGGUGGCAAGAAGUACGAGUUGAGUCCAGAGGAGUACAUCUUUGCAUCCUUGAUUCUGUACAUGGAUAUCAUUCGCAUCUUCUUGUUGCUUCUGGCGAUAUUUGGUCGUGGAAGCAACUAAACAAUGUCAGCAGUAUCUAACUAUACUUAGGGUGUGCCCAAAACACUUUAUAAAUGGUAACCCCCCUUGGUCUAAUUGUAGUAAUAUUUUUUUAGCGCAUAUGAUCAUAUGCAACAUGUGUAUUUGUGCUUCAGAAAUAUGAAAUAUUAUUAUUAUUAUUAUGUUAUUAAUAGUAGUAGUAGGAAUGAAUCCCUAAUUAGCAUGCAUAGAUACAUUUUGUAGAUCUACCAGUUAUACAUCUAAUUUUAAGUGAUUUAGUAUGAAUAAUUUUUUUGUGU